AUGCCGGCGAUCGGUGUUAUUUACCCUCCGCCGGAGGUGAGAAGUAUCUUUCCUUAUGUAUGCAACGUUUUUGUGGUCAUACAAUAAGGCGUUGUCUACGUCGUAUUUCACUCAUAAGACGUUACGUUGUAGGAACACUAUUUGUCUCGUUGCUUUUAUUUUGACUUUGCUUCGUUUACCUAGGAAAUAUCAAAGUAAAUGAAAGUUACGUUACCUUCGAAAAGUCCUGUUAUGAUCGUGUAAAUGCUGCUUAAGUGAAUUAACUUCCCCCGAACGAAGCGAAGCUCUUUCAUAACUAGUCUGUUAUAGGGGUAUUUUGUUCAUAGUAGAUAAAUCAUAUACAUGUAAACCUUAACUUGAUGCUCAGAUAUUGUUGACAAGACUGCGAGCUUUGUUGCUAGAAACGGUGAGUAGCAAUUCAUAGUAUGUCAAUAGAUCGACAUUAGACGUAAGAAUUUAAAUUACUGUAAUUGCAUGUUUAGAUCAUACACGUCUGAAUGAUUGUAAAGAUGCUGUGAAUACGAGUGAGGUCUUGGUUGACACGCUAGUAUUUGAUUAGAUGACCAUAAAUUAUUUUCAUAGGUGCAAGUUCGAAAAAAAAAAUUACCUUAAUAAAGAAACUUUUGAUUUAGUGUCAUGAGACCAAGGAAUCUCACUGGCCAGUAAGGAGAGAAUCUCAAGGAGCCAAUGAGAACUCAAAUGAAAAACCCAUAUUCUGCACUGCUUUAAGAAAAUGUGGUGAUCAGGUGGCAUUCAGCUUUAGGUUUGGAUUGUUUCAGUGGGAAGGGUGGUGUAAGUUUAUGUGAACAGUUAAAGAACAAAGAAAAAAACUUUGCAAUUCCAGAUUACUUUUAACACUCAAUGGGAUUUUGCUCUAAAAACACAACAGCAGUUGCCUCAGUGUAUAAUGGAAAUGCAUCCCAAGAAACUGAUAUUUUAGCAUAUAGCACUGUCUGUUCAGUGACAGUGUUCAAGUAAAAGCAUGAUUAUAAAAUACAACUGGUAACCUAGAUGUACAUGCUCACUGGGGAUUGUAGACAGUAGAAUUAUUCAGUGAGUAGACAAAAAUCUCUUUUUAACAAAUGGCUUAUGUGUUGCCAUGUAUCUGUUCAAUAAUAGACCAAGGAUGACUUUGAAAUGUGAUUGGAACAGCAAAAACGUUUUUCUUAGCCUAGUGGUUCUUGAUGUUGUCUGUGAUCUAUUGCUGCACAGAUACAUAGAAAAAUGGAAUCCAUUUGUUUAAUAUAAUAAAGAAAAAUACUUUGUCAUUGUCAUCUAUGCAUCAGUCCUGUGAUAAAUCAUAGAUAAGAAGCAAUCAAAAUCAAUGCAUCCUUCUGCUUAUUACAGCUGUGUAUAUGUUUAGUUAAAUUUUUAUGUGCUGAGUUUUUUGGUUUUUAGAAAGGGAGAACAUCCCCCUGUUACUUUUCACUGUUCCUAAGUCACUUCAUUUGUGAUUACACUGCUUUGAGAAAAGGGAAUUGUGUGAGUAGUUUUUGAAUCUGCUAGAUUGUCAUUGUUAUUUGUUUGUUGCAGGACCGGAAUUUGAAUCACGAAUCAGACAGAAUGAAAUAAACAAUCCUAAAUUUAAUUUCCUGAAUCCUGGAGAUCCCUACCAUGCGUACUUCCAACAAAAAGUUACAGAGAUUAAAGAGCAGGAUGACAAAGGUGAGUAAAAAGAACAUGAUACAGAUCAACUUGAAUAAUUUGAAAAGAAAAAGAGAAUCACAAGAAUCACCAGUAUGUGAUUAGUGAUUUAUGGACUUAUCUUUGGUAGAGGGUUUGGACAGUGCUGUAAAGAGAGCUGUAGCUUUCCACUGAUGUGACUCAGGUCUGAUGAGGGUUUGAAUUUUGGACUCAAAGGGUCUCAAAGUGACUAAGUGUCUUUGUUGCCAAGGGUUUUUUUGUUUUUUGUUCCACGAGACCCGGCUCUCUCAACACUAAAUUUUUACCUGGAAUCACUGGGGGCAAUUUUUUCCUUGAAAAUUCCACAAUUGUGAUACUUGAUUAAUACAUUUUUGAUAUUAUCAUAUGUCUUGUGCCAAUCUGUAGUUCAAACUAGAUCAGAAGUACCUACCUGCAAUCAAACUGGACAUGGAAUUUCAUUUCGGAACUUUAUUUUACAUACAUGUACAUGCAGUUUUUGAAGCUAUUAAUAGUAUAAUCCACAAACUAUAUGAUACCUAAAGAAAUUCAAUAUAUGAUGUUUUCAUCAGAACCAGAGGCCAUCCCAGCAGCUCCUGCUCCACAGAAGGUAGAAACACAAGGAUGUUUAAUAACUACAAUAUUGACCCUUAUUGACCCUUUCACUUCUAGGAUCUGAGAGAAAAUUCUCUAAAUGGAGGCCAAACAAUAUAGAUCUUUCAGAAUUAAUCUUGAGAAUUGGUUGUUACAGCCUGAUGUGAUACCUGUUUGUAAGUUGACAGUACAGAAUUAAAACUCAACACUCAAUUCUCCAAAGUUUAGUCAACUAAAUCUUUUCCAGCCUCCAUGAUGACCAAAAGUGUCACAGCUUGGAGUGCUUCAGAAAGGCAGUGAGAUUGCUUUGCAAAACUCAAAAUGGUGAUGUUCAUCGUCAAUUUUUAAGCAUUGUCAAGGAUGAAUGAAUGGGUAGCUGCACACUUUGAUCAUUUGAACUCUAUUUCUCUUUGAUUUUAGCCAAAGCCUCUGAUGCAGAUCCCAGUGACAAUUUCAGAGCCACCUGUACCUAAAGAACCUCCCCCAGAGUUUGAAUUCAUGGCUGAUCCACCAUCUAUAUCUGCAUUAGAUCUGUGAGUAAACUUAAAAUUUGUAUUUUACUAAAUGCAUGCCUUUCUCUCUAGAGUUGUGUACAUUUACAAUCAGUAACCUUAGGUGUAUUUUACUAUAAAUUGUUGUUAUUGUACUUGAUCUUAAUACAAUCUGUUUACUGAUAAUCCACUGAAAACUGACUGGCAUGUUACUGCUGUUCAGUUGGUACUGAUACAAUGUACAUGUGCUUGUAGCCCUAGCUUUCUGAAAUAUUCUCCCCAAGAUACUGUCACUGUACAGUAAAUUGUUGAAUUCUUAUGACAAGACUUGCCAUGCAUUGCGUCUUUAAUUCACCUCAAUGAAAUAUUUUUGAAGGAAUCAAUUCAGUUGGUAGCUAUAAACUGAGAGUUUUAAUUAAUCCUUUCUGGUCCACUGGUGACCAAGGAGGAAAUUUUCAUUACCUAGUACACUUCCAAUCAGGAAAUUUGAUAGGAGGAAAGAAAUAUAUCAACUGGGGAAUAUUUUUUGAUUUAACACCGAAGCAAAGCAUAAGCAAAAGUAAGGAAAAACACUGUAAGAUGGUGUAGAGAAUUGAUAUAAAGGUACAUGUAGGUCUUGGGAGUGAAAAGGUUAGUAACUCACUCAAUAACUUUUCUGAUUAAUGCAAAUCAUUGCUUUAUAUUCCUUUGAAACACGCAGGAAUAUCGUUAAACUGACUGCACAGUUUGUGGCAAGGAAUGGACGUCAGUUCUUAACUAAUCUCAUGAACAGAGAGCAGGUACUUUUGCCAUGAGACACUUCACAAACAUGAGACAAUUCAGUUACCAUAAAAACCCACAGAUAAGCCGCACCUUUUUUCCAAAAAUUGUUGCUAGAAAUUGGGGGUAAACUUAUCUGCGGGAGCAUUUGAAAAAGGUGUUGUGAAUGUUUUCCAUUUUCGCGUGCGAUCUAAUGCUUGGUUACUAAGCUUCGAAUGUUCUGCUCGUGUUCCUGUUGUUAUGCAAAAAUCUAUGAAAAACUGUGUUGAAUGAAGAAAUUCUUGUCAACAAAUAACAGAAAAAGGUCAAUCAUAUGGCAAAGUUGGUAGAAGUGAUGUUCAUUAUGAGCAAGACUUUGAAGUAUUUUCCAUUGCAAUGUUACAUGUAAUAGUGGGUUUAUGUUCAAUGGACAGUGGAUUAAGAAGACUUCUCAAGACUCAACUUUGGAUUUUUUUUUAUUUCUUUCAAAAAACUUUUUUUUCCAAAAUUUGAGCUGCUAAAUUCAGGGUGCAGCUUAUCUGUGGGUUUUUUAUGGUAUUCAUGCACUAUUAAAAACAUUAUAUAUCUUGGUUAGUAUGUGCAUUAUGAUUGGUCAAUUUAGCAUGCCAUAUUCCAGUGUAUGGCCCACUGAAUUCAAAAGUUUGUUUGAAUUGAAAUCUUCCCUCUCUAUUUGAACCCAGAGAUAUGAUAAAAAUCUUACUAACCUUGUCUGUACUGUUAGUUACCUUGUUUUUUUUCCAUUCAGAUUUAUGGCCUGGACUAGCUUUAUGACUUUAAGUGUCCAAGUUGUUGACUAUUGCUGCUAUGUAGUAGCCAAAACUUUCUACUUGUCGUGGAAUCAAAAUGAUAUCAUUUUGGGUCCCUUAGUAAUGAUGAUAACACUCAUAGAAACUUGAUUUAGACUGAAAAGACUGAUCAUAGGGAAAACGCUGGUGUAAACUUGUGAUCAGUAUAUAUAAAUGAUAAUGAGAGACUUGCUCCUCUUACCAGAAUGAUAAUGAUAUCUUAGAUUUUUGAAAGAGCCAUGGUGACAUGCUGUUACAAUCUUUAUUUAUUUUGCAGAGAAACUAUCAGUUUGACUUCUUACGGCCACAGCACAGUUUGUUCAACUAUUUCACCAAGCUUGUGGAACAGUAUACAAAGGUGAGAUUUGCCUCAAGAUGAAUUUACUUGUUCAGGGCCUUGUAGAAAAUGGCAUCAUUCCUUCUUCAUUGUAUUUUCAUAUGAACAUGAUCAUUUACUGCAAUAGGAGUGAUAACUGUAUUGAGUAAAUCUUACAUUUUGUCAGGUUUUGAUUCCCCCAAGUGAUAUCAAAGAGAAGUUGCAAAAGGAUGCUUAUAAACCCAAAGAGGUAUCAGAACUGUUUACUAUGUUUUGACAAAGUUAAAAUCAUUUCUUAAACAAUGACUCUCAUACUUAAGCAAAUCUUUAUUAAGCAAUAAACCAUCUUUCUACUGGUUUACAAAAUUACCAAAGCUAUAGAAAGAGCAGAACCUUUUUUUCGAGGGUAUAUCAUGAUAUGCACAUGGAAACUGGAAAGGCAACCAAUUUCCUCUGCAUUGUAUUGUAAAAUAGUAAAAAAAAAGUUCCCCCUGGAAAUUGUGAGACUUUUUUUCUCAUGCACCAUUAACAUAGAUCCACCAAGAUAUUCAAAAUAUUAGUAAACUAUCUUGGUUUUAAUUAAAGAAAACUUUUAGUACAUGUAUGUCUGGUGACAAGCUUCUGUGUAUUCUAAUUGUCAGUCAGAGAAGCUGAGAUACUUUGCAUCUUUUUAGAUUCUGGAUCGUGUCAUGUACCGUGUUGAGUGGAUUAAACAGCAAGAAAGAGAAAAAAAGAAAUUAGAGGAUGAAAAAGAAAAAGAAAGAGGUUGGUCUCUGUUUGAUUAACAACAGCAGCACGCAUUUACAUCUCCAUGUACUUAAGCAUUGCUGUGAAACUUAGAAUCAGAGAAUCAUUGUUGUUGAGCCUUUCUCGCAAAUUUGGAAAUGACAAGAAUACAAUCUUAUUUAUAUGGCUUCUCUGAAGGGAAAUAUACAUGUGCGUGUAACCUCAAUAGCAAGAAUGAUUACAAUUUUAAUAUUUCGUAUUGAAAAUUGCAAGUCAGUGCAGCUCAUAUGAUGAGACAUUCUGAUAUGUAUAUACACAUAAUGACGUUUUAUGGGCAGAUAGACAAAACGCUUUACUUUUCUUUUAGCAGUUUGUUUCCAUUUCAGAGUUAACUCUGGUUUUAGAGUUCUUUUUGAAAAUAAUUUUACUUUCUUGUUGCAUGUUUAUGCCAAAUAGUUUGUUCUGAGUAUGGUAGCUAUCAAGGUCUCUCCUGUUAGUGCAAUCUUUUCUUACUCCUGGUGAGUUGCGGGAGUUUCAUGUGUCUAUUAAAAUUUCUCCACUGGCUCAAAGUUGAUUUGUAGUGAUCAGUUGAAUAGGAAACUAUUAUAUUCUCACAAUAAUCCUUUCCCUUCUUGCAAAAUAUAGUUGCAUUUGCAUCAGUGGACUGGCAUGACUUUGUUGUGGUGGAAACAGUGGAAUUUAAAGACAACGAAACAGGUUGGUUUCUCACAUUACAUUUCUACAAGAGUAAAACCCUCUAACUAUGAUAUCCCGACAUUAUCCAGCAUUCAGGUUGUGAGGAUAUUUAAACUUAUCAGAUAGAUUCUAUUAUCUUGAUCUAGCAAAAAUUAUUGUAAUUAAUUUACAGGUGAUGUGUAUUGGCAAGAAGGGCGAAUUAACAAUCGGAUCUCGGGAAUUAAAGAGUUCAUUGUGUGAUGUGGAAAACACAUGGAAUGAGUGAUCUGCUUGACAAAAUGCUGUUUUUAGGUUGUCAGUAAGAGAGACAGCCACCAUUAUUGGUAGUCCUAGUUUCACAGCUGUCUAAGGGGAAAGCCGCUGAAAACCUGCGUGGAAAAGAACUAUGAAACAAACAAAAUUUUACACUUGCAGAUAAAACUUACUCUUUUGAAGCAUCUAUUUUAAUUUACUAAGAUCCUUAUAUUGUGUUGUUUUAGCCAACUUGCCUCCACCAGUAAGCAGAGAACAGCUUGGAGCCAGGAUAUUAGCGCAGGAGCGAUACGAACAAGUACAGGUGCGUACAGUACAUGUAGCUUGUGAUCAAUUUAAACUUGAUAGUGGCAUGUAGAUGCCUGUUCCAUGGUCCUUUUUAAGACCAAAACUGAAAUGUUCAUGAUUAUUUUUUUGUAGGAUGAUGGUCCUACGUCAGAUGAUAUGGAAGUCAACAUGGAUGUGGAGAUGGAAGUUGACGAACCAGAGCCGCCAUUGUUACAAGUUCCUCCACCUCCCCCUCCUAUGAAGGAUUCAACUGGGGUAAGACAAGCCUAUUUUACUACAUUCGUGUACCUAUCGAUCUACCCACAUUGCACCUACACCUUCGUCGGCAUCUUUUUAGGAGCAUGUGUAAAGAUUAAAAUUUGAAUGGGGAUUUAAACAAGACUCUUAAAAGGAGAAUGGGAGAAGAGCUCUACAAUAUGUGGUUGUCCGCGAACGCCUUAUAAGUGUGCUUCUCUUUGUGUAUGGAUCUUUUGUAAAGACUGUGACGACCAUGUUAUUUUCAUCUUUCAGAAAAACACAGACAUGAAUGAGGUGCCUCUUCCACCGAUCCCCUCUGAACCUGGCCCCAAACCGCCCCUACCUCCCACAGCCCCAGGAUCGAACAUCCAAAUCCGGAGAAAUUAUGAUCCAAAGGCUCCUAAAGCGGCUGCACCCCUGGCUCAGACGGACAAGUUCCUGAUCUCACCAAUCACAGGCGAGCGGGUUCCUGCAGAGAACAUGGCCGAGCACAUGAAGAUAAGUCUGUUGGAUCCGCGCUGGAGGGAGCAGAGAGAUAGAGUGAUGCAGGAGAAGAAGGAGCAGGAACAAGUGUUUGCUGAAGGUAAAAGCAGUGCUACUGGUCACUUUAUCUGCCGUGUAAACUCACUAUAGGGUUAGAACAAGAAACGAAGGCACAGAGAAAGGGCUCCUGGUCACGGCCUUUGGACUGUGUCAAUUUUACAAAAGCUAUUUUUAGAAAGUAAUUUAGUGUGAACAACUGAGUUGAAAACGUAAAUUAGCCACUGUAAAGGGUAAAAAAGCUGAUGUUUCGAGCGUUAGCCCUUCGUCAGAGCGAUUUAGAAAGACUCUUGAGUGGAUGCCUGUUUUCUGAGACGUCUACUUGAAGGAAAACUGAGGCUAUCUUAGGUUAGUUUUUAUGCUUAAAAUCAAUGCAGUGACGGAGCGGAACUUACGGAGCGGCAUCCGCGAAAGUGGAAUUCGGUGAAAGUCCAAAGCUCAAAACACCUUAGGUGGAAUCGAUAUUCGUUUGGUUACCAUCUUUGACGUCUGGAAGUGUAUAAAGCUUGUUCCGUCCAGGUUGCCGGCUUAGUUGUUUUUCUGUCUCCUAUUUCAACUUCUUCUUCUCCUUCUUUCUUUACUGACCGAGACGAAGCCUAGGCAAAAAUUUAUCCAAUUUCCAACCGUCUUGAGCUUUCGCUGGGUCAGUAACACAUUCAUUCAUUUUUCUGUCAGGUAUGUCAAUUGGAAGCAGUCUGAAGCAGCUGGCCGAGCGCCGUACAGAUAUCUUUGGAGCUGGUGACGAAGAGACUGUCAUCGGUAAGAAGAUCGGAGAAGAAGAUAUCCGAAAACCAGAGAAGGUCACGUGGGAUGGUCACACUGCUUCCAUGGCGGCCACUUCACGCUUGGCUCAACAAGGCGUGACAAUUGAACAACAGAUCGAGGCCAUACACAAAUCGAAGGGACUCACGUGAGUAUUAACUUAAAACUGAGCUCCAUUUUGUGCAAGAUACUCAUCAGCGGACAUAAGUUGUUUCGAGCUUUGAAAAAAGACAGUAUGAAAGUACCUUUAGAUAGUAUCAACGUACCUUUGAAAAUGCAUGUAGUAGAAGUUGAGCGCCAAGGCAAGGCGUAAAUGUUUGUUGUUUAAAUCCAUCAAAUAUUUUUGCCUGCGCGCGAUUGGUCUAAACGCUUCACGCGAACUAAUAUUCCCCCGCGAAAACUGGGGAAUAUCCGAGGAUAUACGCCAAGUGAUAUAUUACCAAUUUACAAACCUUACGUGUGCUGCUAUCGCUCUCGGAAAACUGUUCUCAUCUCGUAAAUUAUAAUGUCCGCGGACAAAUACCCAGGCACAUUUUCGCGCCAAAUGGAAGCUAUUGUUUAUUUGGCCGGUUAAGAGGACUGUUUGAAAAAAAACUGUAAGAAACAUUUUCAAGUUUGGGUGACAGGUUUAACUGUACGGUCCGACCCCUAGCGAGGGCAUUUGUGUUCAGCUAUGGUCACAUCAAUCCUUCCGGAUGUUGUGUUUUUCGAAGCGACUAUGACAUGCAAAUACUUAUUCUGUGACUAUUCUGUUCUUAUGUUGUUCUUCAGGCCCUCAGAAGAACGAGAAAGAAUUGGACCCAAAGUUCCAGAGCAAGAUAAACCUCCCGAGGCGCAGUUACCACCGACCACAACUAUCCCGCCCCCUCCCUCCUUGAGUACCAUGACCCCAUCACGAGCGCCACCACCGCCCCCUAUGUCCGCGAUGAUGAAUCUGCCACCACCUCCCCCCAUGCUCCCCCCUGGUGCACCUCCACAGUUCAUGGGUAAGCAUCAUUGUUUACAGAAGUAAAUGUCUUAAGAGCAAAGCAUUUAAAUAAUACCAAGUGGUCUGUCCACGGGCGAUUUUCCAGAAAAGCUAUAUUUAAGAAUGACAAUCUAUGUUUUUCUGGUUUGUUGUUUAUGACGUGUGAAAAUGCGUUGUAUCUACUACUCAUAUCUCUGUGCUUUUUCAUUAUUUCAGCCAUUGAGCUUUCGUUGAUCGUUUAGGUGACAGAAAGCCAUUGUUCGAUUUUAUUGUGUAUUUAUGGAAAACACCAGUCAGAAAUUUAUGACUUUAUCUGUGAUACCUUGUGAUAGUUUGGACCACCUACUAUCGAGCAAGGCGAGUCAACAUGACUCUUGAUUUUACGGGAUGCUUGUGCAAGAGCGCCAAUGAAAGCCCGGUUGCUUUUCCUUUCCUUUCCUUUCCCAUUCCUUUGUGAGACUGCUACUGAUUUAAAGGGACCAACUCUAGGUUUCUGCCGUGAACGUUGUACAUUUUUUUCCAGACUAUAUUUCCCUUGGAUGCAUACCGACCGUCUAAAUAUUUAUUAUUUUUAUUUCUGUAUCCGUAGGUAUACCACCUCCGCCACCCCCGGGAGGUCUCCCGCGCAUGCCGCCUCCACCGUUUGUUAACCCCAAUCCUCCUGUUGCACCUCCCCUGCCAAGUAAGCGAGAUAUGGACGGAGAUGACGCGGCUGGUAAGAAGUCCAGGACUGAGCCGGCUGAAGCAAAUCUUGUUCCCGAGGAUCAGUUCCUCUCCUCCAACCCUAACCCGGUCACCUUUGGUGUCCAAAUCCCUAACAUGCCAGACAAGUCCGAGUGGAAAUUGGAUGGCAGCACAGUUCGUCUUACUUUGCCGCUGACGGAUCAGGUGAGUUAAGUAUGGGUCUGGUACCGAGAGAAUUGUAUUUUCGCGCGAGAAAGCUCUUAGGGAAACCACAAUAAUGUUCCGAUACCUGAGCGUUUAUUGAAAGGAUUGCUCUGGAAAGCAAAUUCAAUAAAAUCAUACAACGGCAGCCCUGCCGUCUUAGUACCGGCAACGGUGUUGUUGUUCUGGGCAAUUUGCAUGUCGUAAAACAAAAACUAUGUUUAUUAUCACGGCCAGUUAGAACAAACAAAAAUAUCUCAGGGAGCCAGUGAGAAUUCAAAAUGAACACAAAUGCUCUGGUUGUGUUUUUCUUCGUUCAGUGAUUGGCUAGGAAAACUCGUGCCACUCUUCUCAACCAAUCAGAUGCACAAACUAGCCAUGUCUCGGUGACGGGCAGUUUGCUUAAAUUUACUGUGAGUUUCCAUUGGCUCCUUAUCACAGUGCUCCUUUUAUUGUCUGAGGCUGUAAUGAUUACUUUGUUGCUGGGCUUACUACACUCAAGGGCCAUGGCGAAUUAUAGCAAAAUUAAUCCAAUCUCUUAUCACUUUGUACACUCAAUUUAAGGUUGCGAAAGCUUUCAAACGGUUAUCUUUCAUAGAACAGUUAGAGGCUUAGACAUAAGUGGCUGAAGCUGUUGUGUUUUGAGGAAACCUUGUUUUCUGAAUGCUUUAACUCUUACCCGUAAUUAUCACAUUACUUUCUCUUGACGAUUUCUUAAUACUGUUCUGUUUGUGCUAAUUUCUCGCUAGAUUUCUGUCAUCAAGGCUAAACUGCACGAGAUAACUGGUAUGCCAGCUGGAAAACAGAAACUACAGCUUGGGGUAAGAGUUAUUUAAUCUCUCUCUUUAGCUGGAUAGGACAGUUGUUAGUUGAAUGACCUGCCUUUACAGGAGUUUUCUUGACAGCGUAGAUGGAAAAAUAUGUCAAGUUUCUAUUAAGUAAGUUGCCACGUCUAAUACCAGUGCUUUGACGAGGAGACCUUUCAAGAACAAAAAAAUGGUAACAAGGAAAUUUGCUAGAGUAGAUGACUUCAUGAGGAAGCUUACCAAGGACGUGGUGGAAGGUUUUAGAAAAAUUCUGCUCUAGCUGGUUUUCCUUUAGUGUUUUUGAGUAGAUUACCUCGCUGAUUUGCGUGGUGCACCCGUCACAGUGUUUGAGUAGAUUCAAGUCAGCGUAAAAGAAAUUCCAUCUCGUUUUUCGUCCAAACUUUUGGCCUCUAACAAAAAUGUUAAUGGAUAAGUUAUCUGACAGAUGUAACUUGAAAGUCACGAACUCGUGUGCGACCUCCCAAAUAUUUUAUGUUGGCGACAGAUUAACCGGUUUAUCUGCUAUAAUUUAUCCGGUGAUAAAGCUUAUUAACUGCGUGGACAAUCCGCUUACGACUAGAUAUGCACUAAUUAGCGUGCGGACAAGUGCAAACAUUGACUCAAGGCAAACGAGCAAAUACGUACGUGACAGUUCACGACCGAGGCUGAAGGUAGUUGGUGUAAGAUGGCGAUUUCACUUCCCUUAAGUUAUUUUUCUCGUUCAAUUUCUUAUGCAACUCCUUAUUCUGAGAUUCGUGUCAGAAACAAGUCGCCAAAGAGUUAAGUUGUUUAUUUUGGCUCAGAAUCCGGCCGGAAAGGUCCAUUGUUUUCAUUCGUUUUCUUUUCUUUCUUUUUUAGAGGUCAAGUGCUUAUGGAGGCUUUAUUUUUUUUUUUCUUUUUCUUUGUACAUUCGUUUCUGUGAAGCACGAGGGAAAUCUAAACACGAUUUUUAUACGUUGCAUAUUUCUGAGAGGUCAUAUCUGCUUUAUAAUUUAGCAGUUUUGUCGGGAAAAGUGUGGUAAUUAAUUAGUUUAUCAUUUAAGCGAUUUUCCUAGUAUUAAAAUUUCCGCGUGAAAUAGAAGAGCAAAAAUUAAAGCUGAUAAAAUGGUUUAAGGGAGCGAGGUUUUGGCCAACCUUUUAAUACUUUCCGUAGGUGCGAAUUCAUCUCAUAUUUUCUUUAAAUCAUUUCAUCUGUCUUUUUGUCUCGUUCAGGGAAUUUUCAUCAAAGAUUCCAACUCGUUGGCAUAUUACAAUGUCACUCCAGCCAGUGUAGUGCAGCUACAACUCAAGGAACGUGGUGGACGAAAGAAAUAAAAGACUUUGCAGUCCCAGAAGCCGAAAAGUUGCCAAUUUCGUUCGGUUGUUUUUGUUUUACUGUAAAUGCUUUCUCAAGACAAGUCU